GCGAAGGAGACAUAGAUAUGGUGUGGAUGAUCUGCAGAGAAUAUUUAAUUUGAUUUUAUUCAUCUUUGUAGGUAAAACGACCAGUUACUGGAGGCAGGUAACGUUUAAAUCUCGUUUUUUACCGACCAGACUCAUAAGGGGCUUUCCGCUCGAAGGAGCAGUUUAAAUAGUUUCAGUUUCGUUCUUCUUUGCAAAAGCAGCUCGCUUAGUGGGAGUCUGGUUUAGCUGCUGGUCAAGGUUCGAAGGUAAUAGUUUGGGAGAGUUUAAGUUGUCUUAGGCUUCGAGGCGUUCGUCACAGUGAACUUAACUUCUCCAGACGAAAUUUAGCUCUUUCUGCAGAAUCAUCCUGGCCCCGGUAUGCAGAAGAUGAGCUACUUCUUCCCUCUGCUUUCCUUCUCCCUGGAUGUGUGCGUGAUGCAUGCCAUCCGCCUGACCCAGCUCUCGCCUCUCCUCAUCCCUCAUCCUUUCAUCACCCUGUGGGGGGGAGCACUGACCAGAGCCUCCAUCCUCACCUUCCUCACCUUCACCUAUUAUGGAGGGGUUGCGUGGAUGAGAAGCUUCGAGGGGCUCCAGAGCUUGGGGGUCCUUUGCUUCCAUUUCCCGGUGUACAUCAGUCUUCUCUGGUUUCUGGGGAAGUCCACGGUGGAGGAACUUUGGGGCUGGCACUCCUGGGAAUGGAUGUUGCAGGGUUACGCCGUGACGGCCGUGUCUUGGCUCUACUGGAGUCAAUAUGUCUCGUUGUUUUUCACAAAGAAGAAGCCAUCCGGGAAGAAGACUGAACUGGACAGUAGUUCCUCUCUGAAGAGGCUGAUGGGAUACAUGAAGCCUUAUUUUUUUAGAUUUGUUUUAGUGCUGAUUCUGGUGGUUCUCUCGUCUUAUGGUGAGAUGGCUAUUCCCCAGUACACGGGUCGUAUGGCUGACUGGAUCAUAAGCGAAGAAGCACCUGAUGCAUUCACACAGGCCAUCACAAUGAUGACACUAAUGACCAUGGCCAGCGCUGUGCUCGAGUUUGUGUGUGACCUCAUGUACAACAUCACCAUGAGCCUCAUACACACCUCGGUGCAGGGAGCUGUCUUCCAGGCUGUACUCAAACAGGAGAUCGCUUUCUUUGAUGCAACACCAACAGGUGAGUUGGUGUCCCGCAUCACCACGGACACCAACGACGUGAGUGAGGCACUGAGUGAGAAACUGAGUCUUGUCAUGUGGUACAUGGCUCGUUUUGGCUUCCUUUUUUACUUCAUGAUGAGCCAAUCAUGGAAAAUGACCCUGCUCACCUGUAUGGGACUUCCCAUCAUCUGGGUCAUCCCUGAGCUCACCGGACACUUCCACCAGACCAUUGCCGUGAAGGUUCAGGAGUCCCUGGCUAAGGCCAACCAGGUGGCCACAGAGACCUUCUCCUGCAUGAAGACAGUGAGGAGUUUUGCCAACGAGGACGGUGAGACAGAGAAGUACAGGAAGUGCAUGGAGGACACAUACUCUCUGAAUAAAAAGGAGGCUGUUGCUUAUGCUGCUUCAACCUGUGCCAACAGCAUGACCACUUUGGCUUUGAAGGUGUGUAUUUUGUACUACGGAGGGACGCUCGUGACCCGGGGGUCAGUUAGCAGCGGAGACCUGGUUUCGUUUGUUCUCUAUGAGCUGCAGUUUGCUUCUGCUGUUGAGUCUGUGAUGCGUUACUACCCAGAGGUGAAGAAAGCAAUCGGCGCCUCUGAGAAGAUAUUUGAGUAUCUGGACAGGAAACCUAAAAUCCCUCCUUCAGGCAGUUUGGCCCCUGAGAAUCUCAGAGGACAUAUUCGGUUUAAAAAUGUUCGAUUUUCUUAUUCUGGGAAAACUGAAGAAAACAAUCUUGUGUUGAAGGAUGUGUCUCUGGAGGUCAAGCCAGGACAAAUCACUGCCCUGGUGGGACUUAACAGAUCAGGAAAGACCACCUGUGUCAAGCUGCUGGAGAGGUUUUACCAGCCACAAGCUGGGGAGAUCCUUCUGGAUGGAGAGCCACUGCUAAGUUACAAGGACCAGUUCCUACGUCAAAAGAUCGCUGUGGUGAGCCAGGAUUGUGUGCUGUUUGCUCGCUCUGUUCGAGAGAACAUCAAGUAUGGCUGUGAGGGUGCUUCAGAUAAAGAGAUGUACCAAGCUGCUGAGCAGGCCAGUGCUCACAAGUUCAUCAGCGAGCUGUCAAAAGGAUACGACACAGAUGCAGGAGAAAAGGGAGGCCAGGUAUCUGGAGGCCAGAAGCAGCGCAUCGCCAUCGCCAGAGCUUUAAUCAAAAAACCAAAGAUCCUGAUCCUGGACAAUGCCACCAGUGAUUUGGACACUGAAAACGAAUACCAGGUCCAUGAGGCCCUGACAAAGCUAGCGAAGAGCUGCUCUGUGCUGAUGAUAUCCAAUAAGAUGAGCAUCGUAGAGAAAGCCAACCACAUCAUCGUCCUCAACAAUGGGGCAGUUACAGAGGAGGGCAGUCAUGAAGAACUGAUGAAGAAAAGCGGUCAUUAUGCUGAAAUGGUGAAAAAGCAGGAAACAGGUUUUAACCGUCCAAGAGAAGAGGGCGGUGCUGAGCAGUGACACGAAUGACUGAAGUUGGAUAUGUGGUUUUAAAACCUAGGCUCCUAAAUGGAUCCACUCUCAUUAUUAUGAGACCGUGCUUUAUAAUUUAAGUGUUUGCUUGACUGUUGCACCUUGAAAGUCAGCGAUUGUGCUAUCUACUUUAGACAUUUUCACUACUUCAGAUCAUCUGUUAGUACAUUUAGUGUCAUUAGUGUAAAAAAUCUAUUCAAAUUUUAAAUUACAAUAACUGAUCUGGACUGUUGAUAUUUAGCCAACAAAACAUAAAAAUCAGAACAUUCAUAAAGAAGUAUCCUGAGAUAAAGCACUUAAAGAAAAUGUUCAGGGUUGCAUGGUGGUGCAGUUAGCAGCUCGUUUGCAGCAAGAAGGUUCAAAGCUGUGUGAACUUUAAAAACAUUGACUCUAAUACUCGUUAUGCAACUGCUUAUUUACCUGGAGCAAGAAAUCCCACCUUUUGUCGUUACUUCUGCUAGCCUAAUGAACUAGACCAAACUCUUGCUUUGCAAAGUUUGGUCUAGGAAGGGUCCAUAGGAACCUUCGAGGCCCAUGGCAAUAUUCUGGCACAGUGAAGUGACCCAAGACCAAUUAUUAUUAUUAUUAUUUUUUUACCUAGAAAUGUUCAGGCAUCAUCAGUUACACAGACAUCCUAUACAUAGACGAGCCAAUGUUGACUGGAGCUGGCGUAGUGGCAGGCCGCCAUCUUUGAUGGGUCUCCAUUCACACCAGUGCAUUUAUUUCUACUGAGGAUGGUGUUUACAAAACUAAAAAAACACAUUUUAAGCUUUAUCACAAAAUCACACACACACACACACACACACACACACACACACACACACACACACACACACACACAUAUAUAUAUAUAUAUAUAUAUAUAUAUAUCCCAAAAGGCAGGCAAGGAAAGUCAACAAUAAUCCUAUGUGAUUUGUUUUUUGCCGGUUGUUGCAAACGUAGGCUAGCCUAGUGAACUAGACCAAAUUCUUGCUUUGUAAAUAAUAUAUUUAUUUAGUCUGGCUUGCCAGGCUAACCAUAGGCUGCACAAAAGGGGGCAUAAUUGCUCACUGACUGCUUAGACUCCAGUUGGGUUUGGCAGGCUAGUUAAAGACCCAUCCAAUAUGGCAGCAAAGCUGAUUACACUAGCGCCAAAUGGCACAUCUACGUAUUUAUGUCUAUGAUUAGUUACAUAAAGUAGUCAGAAAUAAACCUGACUUUUGCUCAUUGAUAUGAGCUCAUAAACACGAUAAUAAUAAAGUAAAACUUGUUUUA